AUGGCUGAGAUAUCUAAUCCCGAAUUUCCCUACUCACUAACCAUCUCUAUCCCCCUCCCAACCAACCGACUUGCUUCGUCGGCCCUCCGCGCGAUCGAAGUCGACACAGAACUCUCCCCUUUCGUCCGACGGAGCAUGGCGCUCACGACACCAGACACGCCGUCCAAAUCGUUAGAAGCCACAGUCAAAGAAGAAGAGAAAACGGUCCUCGAAGCAACAUACCGGGCGACUACGAACCGGAUGCUGCGCGUCGCAGUGAAUGGAUUUAUGGAGAGUCUGGGUGUUGUUCUGGGUGUUAUGGAAGAGUUGGAUGUUGAUGUUCUGGAAGCAGAGGUGCAGAAUUGA